AGGAAAUUCUGAGCAGUGUGCGGGCACACAGAGAAGAGAGUAGAGCUCCCUUGGAGCUUGUGGUUUGGAUGAUGACCCAAAACAAUGGAUAGAUAUGACUAUAUGGGAGACUUUGAAGGCAUUAGAGCACUGGAGCAACUGUUAAACGAUGAAGGAGAGGUGGCAGUAAAGGAGGCAGAUGGCUUACAGCCCAGGCAGGACAACGUCACUGUGCUGCCUUUGCAGCUUCCUGGACCGUCCAUUUGGGCAACUGACUCUUACAACAACCACGAGAACACAGGGUCCCCUCAAGCUUCUCUUCAUUUCCAAGAAUUCCAAGAUCUUAUCAAAACCUCCCCAGACAAUUCACCCACUGAUAUAUACGACUUUAACUUUUUGUUGUCAGAUGUGAAUAAAGACAACCAUGAAGACGAUACCCAAAAAACUGUCUCAAGCUACAGCCCCUCCCAGUUUGAUUGCCUGAGCUUGAUGCAGGAUAAUAUGAUGUGUAAAGCAACCGACUCCUACCAGACAACACAAGUAGGAAGGAUCCAGGCAGAGGAAGGAAGGAGCAACAAAUGGAAAACUAUCCGAAAACCAUCUUUAGAGAAAAGAAUGCCAGUUCGGAGAGCACCUCAAGUCAACCCAGAUCCAGUGCCCGAGAGAAAAAGAACAGCUCCUAUUAACCCUGCAUACACAAUUCGAAAGUCAAGAAAUGCUAGCAGUGUCCACCUGAGGCCGUACAGGGACAGGGUGAUUCACUUGCUGGCGCUGAAGGACUAUAAGAAACCCGAACUACUCACUCGACUGCAGAAAGACGGCAUUACCAAAAAUGACAAGAACUCCCUUGGGGAAAUUCUGCACCAAGUAGCCAAUCUAAAUACUCAGAAUUUCUCAUAUACCUUAAAGGAUUACGUCUUUAAGGAGCUCCAGAAAGAUUGGCCAGGGUAUAACGAAGUAGAGAGGCAGUCACUGGAGUUGGUGCUUUCCAGAAAAGUAGAUGCAUUACAGAAUGCAACGGGUACCAAUUCUACAGAAUCUUCUGUAGGUUGUGGUAGAGAUGGAACAUCUCGGGAACAACUUUCUAAUGCAGCUAUUAAUUUGUCGAGGAGAAAAGUUAGAAUAUCUCGCCUCACAACCGGAAUACAGUCAACACCGAAUGGCUGUGUGAUGAACACCAGUGCAAAAUCUGCUUUAGGGCUCUCGGGACGUUCUGAGGCGACUGCCUCUCCCAUCCGUCCUCCGCUGCCCACAACCCACCCUCCCUCUUCACAGCCUCCUCAGCCUGCACGUUCCGGCAGCAAUUCCUGGGGCAACGCAGAAAGACCUGAGACUCUAGGUCCCCGUGUUCCCAGCUUUAGUGAAAAUACAAACAUCUCAGGGAGCCCGGGGGCUAAACAUCCUCCCUUGAAAACAGUACCCUCUGUCUCAAUUCAAAUGACAUACCCAGAGCCUAUGGAGACAGAACUUUUGAUGUCUGAUAAGAAGUCUGAAUAUACGUUUACUGAACGUGAAGCAAAGGACCAAGAGUACGACAUUGACAUGAUGGGGAGACAGGAGACAGAUCGGGAAAGACAAGGUGAAGGUGCAAAGCCAGACUCCAAACAAGAAGUUAAAGAGGUGUGCACUGCUCCCGGGAAGACUAGUGCAGCAUCCGGGCUCCCAGGUUCUCUGGCAAACUAUGUCCCAAUAGUUUCCUCCGAGCAGCGUCAGCAGUAUGAGCAGGAGUUUAGAGUAGAAUAUGAUGAGUAUCAGGGCUUGUAUGCCAAGAUGCUGACUUUAUCUAGAGUAUUUAUUAACCUAGAUUCAAAGAGGAAGCACCUUUCUCCAGACUCAAAAGAAUAUCAAGAUAUUAAUAAGAAAAUCUCUCUAGAAUAUCAGAAGAUGAAGCAGAUUAAUCCCAAUUAUUAUGCAGAAAAACAUAGAUGCCAGUAUCUUUAUAACAAGCUGGUUCACAUUAAAAGAUUAAUAAAUGAUUAUGACCAGCAGCAUGUAAAAUCAUAGCAAUGGAACAGAGCUAGGAUCAGAAUAAAUACAUAUA